CCCUGCCCGCCCUUUUCCUGACAGACUCCGCCCUCGGCCGUGCGCCGGCGGCGGGCGGUGCUGCGCGGAGGGCUGUGAGCCGCCAUGCGCUUCCGUGCUAAGAUCGUGGAUCUCGCCUGCCUCAACCACUUCAGCCGUGUAAUUAACACAAUCGCCAAGUUAGCCAAGACCUGCACCCUGCGCCUGACUGUCAGCAAGCUGUACUUCAUCCUCUCUGAUAAAGUAGCCAAUGGAGGUGUUGGUAUGUGGUGUGAGCUGAACCAGGGGAAUUUCUUCGAUGAAUUUCAGAUGGAAGGAGUGGCUGCAGAGCACAAUGAGAUCUAUUUAGAGCUGAUGCCUGAGAACCUGUCAAGAGCAUUGAAAACUGCCCACAAUGCUAAGGCAGUGAAGAUGAAGUUGACUAACAAACACUGUCCCUGUCUCAGAGUCGCUGUAGAGCUGCCAUCCUUAUCAAGCAGCAGUAGGAUUGUGACACAUGACAUUCCUGUGGGGGUUAUUCCCAGAAGAUUAUGGAAUGACUUCAGAGAGCCCAGUGUGCCAGACUUUGAUGUCAGUAUUUACCUACCAGUGCUGAAAAUAAUGAAGAGUGUUGUGGAGAGAAUGAGGAAUCUCAGCAAUUACGUUAUGAUUGAAGCAAACUUGAGUGGAGAAAUGAACUUGAAAGUAGAAACUGACUUAGUUUGUGUAACAACACAUUUUAAAGACUUGGGAAAUCCUUCCUGGGCAUUAGAGGAUGGAUGUCAAAGUUCUCAAGACAGAGAUCCAGAAAGCAUGGCUGAGGCUCGCAUAGACAUCAGGAAGCUGCAGCAGCUGCUUGCUGGACAGCAGGUCAACCCCACAAAAGCAUUGUGCAAUAUUGUAAGUAAAAGAAUUGUCCACUUCAUCUUGCUUCAUGAGGAUGUUUCGCUUCAGUAUUUCAUUCCAGCACUUACCUGAAUAGUUUGGAAUCUCGAUCUUCCAAGCUUAUCUUAAGAUGCUGAAGAACCCUGUUUCAUCUCGCAGCCCCUGAACCUGGCAUAUGGCAAACCAGGGAUGUCUGCAGAGCAGGCAGUACUGAGGCCUUCGUUACUGUGUUGACAAAAGGGGUUCUCAAUAACCAGAUGGUAUUGGGGUGUAAGUUUCCAGGUUGUAGGUCAGGAGGCAAUGACAUUGCUGGGGAAGAAGCUUAUUUAAGUCUAGAGGACUAGGGCAGAGGUCUUCUGAGGUACAUGGCAAUUACUGUAUUUCUGCAGGUGAGGGACCAAGCAUGGAAGAUCUCAUCUGAGAGGAAUGAAGAAUAGGAAAGCUGCAGCAGAACUGUCUCUGCUUCUCUCUUCUCUCUGUGUUGAUAAAUUGAAAUGAGGAAUGGGCGAAGUUACUCAGUCAGGGCAGCAAGAGAGUUUCUCAUUUUCUUCAUGCCUGGUCAACAUGUCAAAGCCUAAAACCCUCACUCCUGCCUGCCUUGACAGAAGACCAGAUGCCACAUUAUAUUUACCUGGUAUGUUUGCCUGCCAUGUCAUGAAGGUUCUUCAAAAUGGAGACAAAAUCAGGACUUGAUAGAUCUUGUAACCAGAUUAAUGUAGCCAAAUAGCUUUUAUAUUUUAACUCCCACCCUGGCAUGAGACGUGCACUCUGGUCCUCCUUAAAUAGAUGUCUCGCUUAAUAGACAUUUACAGUGAACUCUCGCCACAAUAAGGCAUUAUUACUCGUGCAACCAGCAGUUCAGAAGUGUAAGCUUCUCCAAGAUGUGUAAUGAACAGAUGAACAUUGCUCUCUGCAGUACUUCUGAGAAGCAGGGAAACAGGCUCAGCCUCAUUACUGAAUAAGGGCACACUCAGAAAUUCUAGGGGAGAAGCAGACUCAGGUUAUUUAGUGGGUAUUAUGGGGGGAGGUAUUCACAGCAACUUCUUUUCCAAACUGAAAAAGAAAUUCAGAAUUUCAAACUGGAAAAACAAUAUUCCUGAAAAAGUAAAAAAAGGCUCCUUCUACCUCCA